CCUUCUGCCUGUCCCUGCAGUUGGAAGUUCUACAUUCACAGACUUUAAUGCUGAUCCGAGAACGCUGGGGUGACCUUGUACAAGUGGAACGAUACCAUGCAGGCAAAUGCCUGUCUCUCUCUGUUUGGAACCAACAAAUUGUUGGGAGAAAAACAGGAACUGCAUCUCUUCAUAAAGUCACCAUUAAGAUUGAUGAGAAUGAUGUAUCAAAGCCUUUGCAAAUUUCUCAUGAACCUCCCCUUCCAACAUGUGAUUCCAAACUAAUUGAGAGAGCUAUGAAGAUAGACCAUUUGUCAGUAGAGAAGCUUCUAAUAGACAGUGUCCAUGCAAGAGCACAUCAGAAACUCCAGGAAUUGAAGUCCAUUCUUAAGAGCUACAACACCAGUGACAAUUCUUUUAUUGAAACAGCUCUCCCCACACUUGUUAUCCCUAUUCUGGAGCCUUGCGGGCAAUCUGAAUGCCUACACAUAUUUGUAGACCUUCAUUCUGGGAUGUUUCAGUUAAUGCUUUAUGGAAUUGAUCAGCAGACCCUGGAUGACGUAGAGAAGUCCAUCAAUGAUGAUAUGAAGCGUAUCAUUCCUUGGCUUCAGCAACUCAAGUUUUGGCUUGGGCAGCAGCGUUGCAAACAAUCAAUAAAACAUUUGCCUACUGUAAGCAGUGAAACAUUGCAGCUAGUUAAUCAUGCUACUCAUCCUGUGGGAAAUCUUUCCAAUCACAAACUCUUCAUCAAGCUUACCCGACUUCCACAGUAUUACAUUGUAGUGGAAAUGUUUGAUGUUCCCAGUAAUCCCACACAACUAGAAUACAAAUACUACUUUCUUUCUGUGAGCUAUGCUGAAGGAGAUGACAACCCUGCUACUGCAGUUUUGCUCCAACAAUUUAAACCAAAUAUUGAAGAACUGGUUUUGGACACAAAAAGUGGCAAACAAGCAAAAAGUGGCACAAAACGCAAGUUGUCUGGUGAUCUGUGUCCCACAGAACCCAAAAAACCAAAACAGUCUGGAGAAAUGUGUGCAUUCAAUAAAGUUUUAGCUCAUGUUGUAGCAAUGUGUGAUACAAAUAUGCCAUUUAUAGGACUUCGCAUAGAGUUAUCCAGUAUGGAGAUCCCACAUCAAGGUGUCCAAGUUGAAGGAGAUGGCUUCAGUCAUGCUAUUCGUUUAUUAAAAAUUCCUCCAUGUAAGGGUAUUGGUGAGGAAACCCAGAAGACUCUGGAUCGUUCUCUUCUUGAUUGUACUUUCCGACUGCAAGGUAGAAAUAACCGCACAUGGGUGGCUGAACUGGUGUUUGCAAAUUGCCCGCUUACCAGCACUUCUUCCAGGGAACAAGGACCAACUCGUCAUGUUUAUCUGACAUAUGAAAACCAGUUGUCUGAACCAGUUGGUGGCCGAAAAGUAGUUGAGAUGUUCCUAAAUGACUGGAAUAGUAUUGCCCAAUUAUAUGAAUGUGUGUUGGAGUUUGCCCGAUCUUUACCAGAAAUACCAAGCCAUCUAAAUGUUUUCUCAGAAGUUCGGAUCUACAAUUAUAGAAAGCUAAUUCUUUGCUAUGGAACUACCAAGGGAAGUUCUAUCAGCAUUCAGUGGAACUCUGCACACCAGAAAUUCCACAUAUCUCUUGGAACUGUUGGACCAAACUCAGGUUGCAGCAACUGUCACAAUACUAUUCUGCAUCAGCUCCAGGAGAUGUUCAAUAAAUCACCAAAUGUUGUCCAACUAUUACAGGUUUUAUAUGAUACUCAGGCUCCAUUAAAUGCUAUCAAUAAACUUCCAACUGUGCCAAUGCUAGGACUGACACAGCGUACUAACACUGCUUACCAGUGUUUCUCAAUUCUGCCUCAGUCGCCCACACACAUCAGGCUGGCCUUUAGGAAUAUGUAUUGCAUAGACAUUUAUUGCCAGAGCCGUGGAGUGGUGGCAAUUCGUGAUGGAGCAUAUAGUCUUUUUGACAACAGUAAAAUUGUGGAAGGCUUUUAUCCUGCACCAGGACUGAAGACUUUCCUGAACAUGUUCGUUGACAGCAAUCAGGAUGCAAGAAGACGAUCUGUCAAUGAAGAUGAUAAUCCACCAUCUCCUAUUGGUGGGGAUAUGAUGGAUUCACUGAUAUCACAACUUCAGCCACAGCAGCAGCAGUCUUCAAAACAGACAGGAACACCAGGGGCUUAUCCUUUGACAUCCCCUCCCACAUCCUACCACAAUACUGUUACUCCUUCACCUUCAAUGAUGCUCACCCAGUCACCAGGAACUUUACAUGCUGCAAAUUCUCCAAGUGGAGCAUUAAGAGCACCAUCACCAGCAUCAUUUGGCCCAACUCCUUCUCCUUCCUCUCUUGGAAUCACAAUGGGACAAAAUGCAAACUUUGCCAGCCCCCACGGCACAAUAGACCCUAGCUCACCAUACACGAUGAUGUCACCCAGUCAGCGUGCGGGGAAUUGGCCAGGCUCACCUCAGGUCUCUGGUCCCUCUCCAGCAGCACGUAUGCCUGGAAUGUCACCAGCCAAUCCUUCCCUACAUUCUCCAAUACCAGAUGCUUCUCAUUCACCACGGGCAGGAACAAGUAAGUAUGAGCAAUAGCAGGUUGCACAAACAGCUAUGU